GUGAAACGAAUAGCUAUAGAUAUCCACCAGGUGGCGUUCGUAUUCCAUAAAGCCUUACCUGCAAAUAGCAAUGAUGACGCUCUUCGAUUUUACAGAAAUACAGAAAGCACUAUACCCUGUAACACAAUAACAAAUCCUAUUGUAGAGCACUCCUUUAUUACACAACAGUUCCUUCCACUGAAACCCUGUCUAGAAUGCCAAUGUAGUGCAAACUCCAAUGCCCAUAAUCCUUUGCUGCGGUCUCCCCUCCCCUGGGUAUGUGUCUGGGAGGAGUUGAGGGUGGUAGCUGUGUGUACACUUUGCUUUUCGGUGUGUUCUAGCGCUGGAGUGUCUGUGUGUUUGAAAUAUCCCGGCGGUGCACAAGGAAUCUCCCCUUCCAGCAGUGAUCUCACCAGUGGCUGCAUUCUUGGACAGGGGAUAAUCAGGACCCCUGUCACACCUGCUGCAGAGGGAGCACAGGAUCUCCUGUCCUUGCUGGGUUGGCACAGAGGGGGAGAAUGGUCAUUAGGGUCUUUUUAGCAUCCUCAUCCUGCUCUGUCUCGGUGAGUAACUGCAUUUUAUCCCCUGUAUUCACACAUAAGUGAUUUAAAAAAAAAAAAUUUUAAAAUCAUUAUUUUCCCCCAGUAGCCCUGAUGUCUGAUAUUGGAUUCUUCAGACUGUUUCAUAAAUUGCUGCCAGUUCAUUUCUGUUAAAUUGGGAGGUAACAACCUAACCUGUUGUAGAUGCACAUAAUAAGAUGAGUGAGUUGAUGCACAGUUUGCUGUACAUGUCUGUACCAGUAAAAUGAGAAUGUUUGGAUAUUGCAAUUUGAGGGGUUCCAGUCACUAAUUUACAUGCUUCACUGCACCUAAAGACUUACACUCACCAGGGUGGGAAUCAAGUCAUUAGCAAAGCAGUGUCAUGAUUCAUACUCCGUUUGGGCAGGGUCUAUGGAGGCUUGUCUAUGGGGUUUGGUGAUCACUUCCUCAUUGUGUUUUUUUUUUUUAAAUGAAAGAUAUGGGAUAAUUUGGAGAAUGCACUCUGACAGGUGGCUUACGUGGCUCCAUGGUAUACACAUAACUGUGUCAGCUGAUGUUGAAUAAUGUACAUGUCAAAACUAUUGCUGACAUUACUAUUCAUUUUGUAUGUGCAUAAAAAAAUCUAUGUGAAUUGUUGUUUUAUUUAUUUUUUUUGCUGUUUUUGUUUUUUAUUAUACGUUUUGUUAAACUAGAAAUGCAAAACUAACUGCUUAGUGAAAUUGUAUAAUCAGAGGCGAAAAUAUCAGUUGUGUUUAUCAGUAUUGAUGUAUAAUAAAGUUGACUAAAUUUAAACUUGCUUUCAGUGACUGUAUGGGCUACCUUCUAUUAUGAAAUUUAAAUGUGAUGUAUUUUUUAAAAUUGAAUCUAAAUGAAGGCUUUAGAUAUAAUUCAGAUAUAUUAUCUGGAGCAGAUAUUUUAAUUUUUGUAAAUUUUUUUUAAGUACCAUAUAACUUAUUUUAAGCCCCAUAUUAUCUCACACUGCCCCUGUAGGGUGUGAAAUAAUAGAAGAGCCAUAAUGCCCAGUUCCUAAUUAUUUCCUUGCUAAUUGUGAAGCCAACCAGCGUUAAUUCGAGUGGCUAGUUUAGGAAUUAUGCAGGAAUUAAUUCCUGAGCAAUUCUUCAACUAUUUUGAGGCACUUUCGCGGUCAGCUGGACCAGUUAGGAUGGGUUCUGGAUCAAAAUCUCCUCUAACUUAAUUUUCAGGUAGUUUGGUAAAUUGUGGAGGAUAGUAAAUUUACCAGCCUAUCUCCAUAUUCUUCUGUAUUGUAGAUUUAUGUUUUGUUGAGGCAAAAUAAAAGUUUAGCGAAAAAUAACAGGGAUUGUUAAACUUAGUAGACCGUAUAUAAAUGGGAUCUUGGUUUUGGUAUAUAUUACAAGUAGUGGUAAUAAUGUGAAGACAGGGGGUGUGUGGUGGUGUCUUUCAUUGAUCAUGACAAGCGGCGUAAGCCUCCAUAACAGACUAUAAAAUGGCACAUACCGCAAAAUAUAUUCUUCAUCCUAGUGCUUGUGUGACCUUUGGUUCUAUUAAUGAAGCAGAAGGAAACUUGGGGGGGGGGGGGAAACCUCUAUUGAAUGGCAGUUAGAACCAGAAUAGUUGGUUUUCAGAAUACCGCCUACAUGUUUACAAUAGAAACGAGUAUAUCAAGAGCAAGUAUAUCCUUAUUAAUUGCACACAUUCCACAUAUGAAUGUGUUUAGGCAUUGUUGUGGGUAACUGUUUCAGGAGUUAUUCUAGAAUUGGAUAUGUUUGGCAUUAUGUAAUACAAGGGGGAGGGGAGAUUACACAACAAUGUGAAAAUAUCUCUAAACUUUCUAGAUAACAGGCUUUUGUGUGGGAGUGCCAGCUCUACUGUCUUUAUUGCAGAUUGUAUUGUUUUGUCUGAAGUUGCACAAUGUUUAAUCCCCGACUGCCAUGCACUGCCCAUUGUACAACAUAAAGGUGUAUGUUGGUUCACUGCUUUGUAAGUCAUAAAUGGCCAUACUUGGAUAUUGUGGGUGUAUGUAACAAAUUUAAAUAAAAGAAAAUGUUGAAUUAAACUGAAUUUCUAUAUGUAGACUAACAUAAUUGAAUUGGAAACACUCUCCAAGUCACUUAUGUUUCCAGUCUGACUAUAUUUUGCCUAAAACUUUAGAUUCAUUUUUAAUUCCAAACAAUUCAUACUCAAAAUAUUUCACUCUGGGAAUACGGAUUGGCCAGAACUGUGUUUAGCUCAGCCCCCCAGACUCUCCAUCCCCGGCCUCCUUGGCUGACAUUAUCAAUUCUGAUGAUCAGGAAUACAACUGUGUAUUCCUGACCCUAUAGUGAUAAAAACCACAGUCUAGGCCAGGCUUCCCCAAACUCCGGCCCUCCAGAUGUUGCUGAACUACAACUCCUGUGAUUCUAUGAAUGAAAUAGGCUGGGAAUCAUGGGAGUUGUAGUUCAGCUUUGUAGUUUAACUCUGUAACUCGGAUAAAGAAAACCUAAAUUGCUUCAGAUUUUUGACAUCUGUCUUUUUUCUAAAUGCAGAGGUCAAAUGUGGAAAAAAACAAGCCACUAUUGGGAAUUUGUUCCCUCAAAUUGAGUCCAAAACGUUGCCUGCCCCUGGUCAACUUCAACUCCUGUUGUGCUCAGGAUUCUAGCUGAGGCUGGUGGGAGUUAGAAUAUACUUUUGAUACAAUGGAAUAGUGAAAGCAACCAAUUGGGGGGUGGGGGGUAGAAAACAUUUGCAAAUAUGUAGUAAAUGCAUAUUUAUUCAGAGACAAUUUUUUAUAAAAAAAAAAUUGUGGUAAUUAUAUACCUUAAAACUAAACUAUAUAUUUAUUUAUUUGAGAGAGAAUUGCCAGUAUUGAACUGGAGAGUAAUAUUAGUUAUAAUAUAUAUAAUUAGUUGUAUGUAUUCAAGAUUUAACGGUUUAGCUUGUCAGUCAUAAGAAGAAGAAUAAACAUUACAAAAACUUGUUACAUAUUCCAGAUCAAAAUCAUAGCCUGCAUCUUUCCUACACACACACACACUGAUUUUGCUAUAUGUUAAGGAAUUUGAAAUAUUUUUGUUUGUGCUGUAGUUUUGAGUAGGAAAGUUGCAAGCUAUGAUUUUGAUCUGGAAUAUGUAACAAGUGGGUUUUUAUUUUAUUUUUUUAUUAUUAUUCACAUGACUCUCAGAGGCUAAACUGUUAAAUAUUAAGUACAUAUAACUAAUUCUAUAAAAAUUAUGAGUAAUAUUAUUACUCUCCAGUUUAACACUGGGAGACCAAAUGAUGUAACAUUUCACCUAAUUUGGAGCUUCCUCUGAAGUCUGCUCCUUCUUAUAACUCUGUUAUUGCUCACUAUUCCCCCUCCUUUGACCUCCAACACAUAGGUCCUAACAGUGAGGGCAUACUUUUAAUAUCCUCUCAGUGCUUUAACCCCUUAAAGACUGAGCCAAAUGUACACGUUGUAAACAAAACGUAAACAAAACAUGGCAUUUGCGCUAAAUGUCUCUCCAACCGUAAUUCACCGCUUUCAUAUUAAAUGCACCCACACUUAUUAUAUAUCAUUUUAUUAAGGGGAAACAGUGCUUUCAUUUAAUAUCAAAUAUUUCGCUAUGAAACAUAAUUUAAUAUGAAAAAAAGGAAAAAAAUAAGAUUUUUUUUUAGUUCUACAUGACAUUUUAACUGUCAAUGUCAUAAUACUGUUUGCUUUUACUGCAAUAAAAUACACAUAUUUGUAUUCAGCAAAGUCUCACGUGUAAAACAGUACCCCCUAUGUACAGGUUUUAUGGUUUUUUGGGAAGUUACAGGGUCAAAUAUAGCGUGUUACAUUUGAAAUUGAAAUUCGCCAGAUUGGUUACAUUGCCUUUGAGACUGUAUAGUAGCCCAGGAAUUAAAUUUACACCCAUAAUGGCAUACCAUUUGCAAUAGUAGACAACCCAAGGUAUUGCAAAUGGGGUAUGUCCAGUCUUUUUUAGUAGCCAUUUGGUCACAAACACUGGGAAAAAUUAGCGUUAAUAUUUGUUUGUGUGUGAAAAAUGCAAAAAACGCCAAUUUUGGCCAGUGUUUGUGACUAAGUGUCUACUAAAAAAGACUGGACAUAGCCCAUUUGCAAUACCUUGGGUUGUCUACUAUUGCAAAUGGUAUGCCAUCAUAGGGGUAAUUUUCAUUCUUGGGCUACCAUAGGGUCUCAAAGGCAAUGUAACCAAUCUGGCGAAUUUUAAUUGUGAAAAAAAUGAAACACAAGCCUUAUAUUUGACGCUGAAAACACCAAAAAACCUGUACAUGAGGGGUAUUGUUGUACUCAGGAGACUUCGCUGAACACAAAUAUUAGUGUUUCAAAACAGUAAAAAGUGUCACAGCAAUAAUAUCAUCUGUGUAAGUGCUGUUUGUGUGUGAAAAAUGCAAAAAACUUCACUUUUACUGGCGAUAUCAUCGUUGUAAUACAUUUUACUGUUUUGAAACACUAAUAUUUGUGUUCAGCGAAGUCUCCCGAAUAAAACAGUACCCCCCAUGUACAGGUUUUAUGGUGUCUUGGAAAGUUAUAGGGUUAAAUAUAGUGCUAUCAAAUUAAAUUCCCUAUACUUUCGGCAUUGGUUGUCAGGCAGGUCCCGCUAAUUGUAAUUAAUUAAAAUACCUAAUUAUGUAAAAAUAUUACAUAAAUAUAUAUUUAGAAUUAAUGUGUGUGUAUGUAUAUAUAUAUAACUUUCCAUGUGUCCAGCACUCACUGCUCCCGGUCUUGUUAAUGCCUCGGUGCAAACUCCGACCAUAAGUAUAUAUAGGUUCUUGUUGAAGUGCACUCUCAGGACAAGAAAAUAUAUAUAUAUAUAUAUAUCGUUCUACGUGUAUUUUGAUAUAAAUAUUAAUAUCACAAUACAGUUAGAACUAAAUAACACACAUCUGUAUAUUUUGUAAUUAUUUUUAUUUAACGUAUUUACAUAGUUUUUUAUAAUAUAUAUAUAUUUAAUCCGUAUCAGUCUACGUGUAAUUUGAUAUUAAUAUAUAUAUAGUAAAAUACACCUAGACAGUGUGUAUGUAUGUAUAUGUGUGUGUAUAUAUAUAUUCUAAGUAUAUAAUUUAUUUUAAUUUUUUUUUAACUGAUUUUAACUGCUGUUUAUUUGAAUUCAGCCAGCAGGGGGACUAACUGUCAUUACAGGCAGUCCCCCCUGCUGGCAAUGCAGCAGCCAGCUAACCCGGCCAUGUGAUUGGUCCUCGCAAGGCCUCACUCUCACAUGGCCGGGGGGGCCGGAGGAGGCAGGAUCCGCCGCGGGGGACUACCUGGGAUCCCUGGUGAGUCCCCCGACCGCGAUUGCCGACGUGGGAUCGCCGGUGUCCAGGUAAGUAAGAAAAACCGCAAGGGCGUACUAUUACGCCCUGCUGCGUUUAGAGCCGCUUAGAAUAGGGCGUAAUAGUACGCCCUCCGGUUUUAAGGGGUUAAGUCAGCUGCAAAAGUCUUUCAAUUUUUAGUCUGUAAAAGCACACACAGCUGAAAUCUUUUCACUGGCAUUGCUCCUCUUCCUGAGUUGUGUUUCAAAGCUGUUGUAUACAGCAGACACAUACUCCAGGGAAUCCAUUUAUAUUUAUGAGGCAAAAAUGUGGUUCUUUGCUGAGCUCAUUUGCAUAUGCCUACCCAGAAUCCCUUGCAGUAGUGAGAGCACUGUUAAAGUGAGAUUUCUGUGGGAAAGGCAAGUCUUAUGGCUUGACUGGUGCGUGUAUUUGUGUUUAGCAAUGUAUUAACUAUUUAAAAUAUAUUUUUUAAAUAUGUCAUUUUAAAACCAUAUUAAUUGAUUACUACUCCUUUUUUAUUUUUAUUUUUUUUCCUCUGCACAUUUGAGUAGAUUUUGGCAACCUAGAAAAGAGCACAUUUACAAAGAUAAACAUGUGCUGUUUGUACUUGCAUUAUUUUGGUUAAAGACAGCAAUCUUCUUUGAUAAUGUCAAUAUGCUCCUUCAGCUGACAGAUGCUAUGUGCAAUGCUAUUAUCAAGGCUCUUGCCCAUCCUUACAGAAAAACAUAUUGAUUUUUCUUUAGAGCAUAUGCUCUCUGUGUCACAGUGCAAAAGGAAAUAACACUUUGUAUUCCGUCAUAUACUCGUCUAGUGUAGCAGUGAAGGAGACUAUACCAGAAGUUAAUUAGGAGAUUAUGAGAAACCAUGUUUAUGUAAGUCCAUGGUGUAUUUGUUGGAAAUCAGUAGGUGGCUACCACAAUCGAUUAUCCUGUUUUAAGCUAAAUAAAUUUGGUAAAUUUAAGGAACACUAUAGGGUCAGGACACAAGCAUGUAUUCCUGAUCCUAUAUUGUUAAAACCACCAUUUAGGUGGCUUGCUCCCCUCUCAGCCCCUUUAAUAGGUAAAAAAAAAAAAAAGACAUACCUUAUUUCUGCAACUCCUUAGCCCCCUUAAAAGGGUAAUAAAGCGUACCUUAUUUAUGCAGGUGCAGGCCUCGUCUCCGAUCUGCCUCCUUGCUGACAUCAUCCGAAUUUAUGAUUUCAGCCAAUCCAAUGUUUUCCCAAAGGGAAAGCAUUGGAUUGGCUGAAAUAGGCAAGGAGAUGGGACCAGACAGGGCCAAACACCGGCUUGACCUACAAGCAUCUCCUCAUAGAGAUGCAUUAAAUCAAUGCAUCUCUAUAGAGACGUUGAACAGCAGUGCUGCACACACUGACUAAUGAAGCACCUUCAGUGGCCCUCUGAGGAGGGGCCACUGGAGGUGCCCCUAAGGGGCAAUGUAAAUACUGCUUUUUCUCUGAAAAAUCAGUGUUUACUGCAAAAAGCCUGAAUGGAAUGAUUCUAUUCACCAGAACAAAUGCAAAAAGCUGUAGUUGUUCUGGUGACUAUAGUGUCCCUUUAAAAGGACACUAUAGUCACCAAAUUGAAUAGCGAGACUGCAAAGGUAUGCUCUAUACACCAAAACACUGUAGGAAAAUUUUCCAUACAAUCUAUAUCUAUAGCACUUGUGUGUAAAAGUUUCAGUAGACAUUUUAAACCGUGCUUCUUUAGAUCUACAAACAAUGUGUGUGUCACUGGUAGAACAUAAACUCAUAAAAAUUGAAAAUAGAAUAAAUGGAAAACUAACCGGUAGAACACCAUCUUAAAUGAGUUUCCUUUAAUUAGAAACUAUUUGGGAUUUACUGGUUAAAAAUGUUCCAGUUAGAUAAUGGUAUACUGGAGUUGUAAAACCAAACACACGUACAUAUAUUCUUUAAUCUUAACAAUGUUUUGUGGUUAGAUGUAGUAAAUUUAUUUCCCCCUACCACCCCCCCACACUCUUUACUACUCCUAGAGACAUCUGAUUCAAAAAAAAAUUGCACAUAUGCUUACUAUCUCAUAAAAAAUAAAUAUAUAAGUAUGUUUUCCAGGAAAACUGAGAUGUAUUCAUCUCUUUUAAAGAGAAAGAGAAGUACAAACUGCUACAACACAGAAGAGUGAUGUAGACAUUCAAUGCUAAUGCUUAUGGGUAAUUUAAAAAUAACAAAACAUAAUGGCCUUUUAAAAAGUCUGCAAUCAAUAUUGAAGGUACAAUUAUAGAGUUCACUUGCACAAAUGGGAUGGCUUUCUUUAGACAACACAGAACACGUCUGGCAGUUUAGAUGAACAUAGCAACUGAUAUUAUUCCAUUCUAACCCGCUCACUAAAGCUUGAUGAGCAAACGUCAGCCAAGUUAUCAGAGAAUGGAAAAGACAGAGUUAUUUUGAAAACAGCAUACAUGAAAUUAAAAUAAACAAAUAGAUCAACAAUACUUUCAGUCAACCCCCCGUGAGUUGUAACAGAUGGAAAAUGCCCCCUGACAAAGUGGUUCCAUAUACAAUUCUCUGUUCACGUUUGCGAAUAAAAAGGUUUUGUUUUAUUUAUUUUUUCCUGUGUGAUUUCAAGAGAAAUUUUAUUUAAUCUAUAGUUGAAUAAAUAAAAGAAAUAAAAUAAGGAUUCUUCCUUGCAGUGAAAUUAAAGCAACUCUCCAAGCACCAUAGUUCCUUAAGUUCAGGGCUUAGCUCAUGAGAACUAAACUGAAGUUUCUGCUUAGGUUCUUCAGACUCUCUGUAGUUCGUAUUGGAGGUGGGGAGCAGCACUAUAACUAUUACAGCGAGCUGUAGUAGUUAUGGUACUUGGAGUGAUACUUUAGUUAAAGCAUACUGCACCCCUCAUGACCAUAGCUUACUGCUACAUUGAAAGAUCUGUAUGUGGAUUAACACAUUGGUGGUGACACUUCUAAUCAAUGAAGGGGUUUAAUAUAUAUUAAAGGUUACCCAAAGGCUAGUUUAGUCAGAUUUAGAGAGUCAUGGCUGGGAACCCUCCCCCCCUCUCUCUUCCCCCCCCCCCCAGAUCUUAAAGGGUGAAUUAACAUAAUCCCAGGAUUUAACAUUUUAUGCUUACUUAUUCCAAUAUUUAACAAAUAUUUAUGUGAUGUGAAACAUUAAAUUAGAAAUCCAUAACAUUUUAAAUUUUCUCCUGGGCGCAAUCAUUUUACCUCCCUGUCAGUCUAAACUCCGUCCUUUCCGCGUGGCAGUCAGCAUAGAAAGACAUACAGCGAAGAAGAGACUUGAAACCAGGUGGCAUAUUUAUCAAAGUGUUCUGAAAAGUGGUGGUUAAGCUCUAUUGUCUUCAUAUUUAUUAAAGUGAUCUACAAAUAUGACGGUUUUCUUUAUAGUAAGUUUGCCAGUUUUUACAGAAAUAUAAAUUUUAGAAGAUUGUCAAAUUUAUAGUGGUUGAAACAUUCUGCCACUUUUAUGCUGGAAAAUUCAUACAUCUGUUGGGGGGGCGCAGAAUUGGCAGUGGUGUAAAAAGCAACAUAUGAGAAAAAUUAUCCGAUUUUAAAGCAUCAUUGUCUGGAGAGUCUGGUGCCCGGUGUGGGGUCAGGUUAGGGUGAGAUUUAUUUACCUGAACUUGUCCCUCGCGGGUGCAGCCAUCUUUUUCGAUCUGCUCUGACGUCACUGUUGCAAAGAAUUGAGGUCUGUGGAGGAUUCUUCAAGACCGUGGGAUCCCCUACAGAUAGCCAAUCCCAUGUAGCAGUCACUGAUAAUGGCUGUCGUGAUUGAAACAUAGACUGCGAUUUGAGUCUAACAAAGUCAGGUGGAGGAGAAAUACAGAAACAAAGUAGUCUUUACUUUAUCUCUGUAUAUCUCUUGACUGGGUUGGAAUUUCUUUGAAAUUACAAAUCAAAAUUAGUAUUUCAUAAUGAUUUAUAAAUGCCAGAAAUAAAUUAUUUUAUUAUUAUAUUUGUGUGGGACCCCUAGUUUUAGGCAGCUUUUUAAUUCUGUUCCUGUAUGUAUUUUAUGCAAAUACUUUUAGUGUAUUUUGAUGACUGUAAAUGUUGUAAAACUGCAUAAUUAGUGUUUUCAUGUCUGUUGUAUUUGCACAGUCUGCCAUGGUGACAUAGUUGUUUUUAGAUUUGUCAGCAUGUAAAUUGUUAUAGUUUAAAAAUAAAUGUAUAGCAGCCAUUUAGUCAGCUAUGAGUAACAAGGUAAAACCAAAUGAGACAUUUCGUUUGUGUCAGAGUCCAGAAUUAAAUCCUAGUGUAAUGUGGUUAAAUCCAUGUUUAACACAUGGUUAGUUUUAAGUUGAUUCAUCAUUUUUUUUUUUUUUUUUUUGGUGCCUCACAAAACAAGGUGUGCUCAGUGAUGUUUGUUAGAUAUUUCUAAAACUGCUUUAUUAACCUUUUUAUAACACUGCUUAAAUAUGUGAACCAGCUUUGCCAUUUCUAAUGGGUUGUGUCCCUGUAAUGGGGAAACCAUAAAUAAUGCUUGCUUAUCCCCUAUAGUUAAUAAAUGUGUUUUUGAGGUCUGAAAAUAGAAUUAAAUCUAGUUACUCACACUGCUGUAUGUAGCUUUAGUUUGUAACUGAGCACAUCCAACUUGGUUUCCUGUCACUAAUAGUUAUAAGCCCUGCACUUUUCUGAAUUUAGAAUUGUAUGUAGAGGUGGAGAAACAGAAACCUUGAGUUACGUAUAAAGACUGUUGUGUUCUUAAAAGUUGUCUUAAGUACUAAAAGCGUGCAAUCGCCAUAGAAACCAGCAGGCUAAUUUAAUUGGUAACGCCACCCCUUUUAUAUAUUUGAACCCAUUUCAGAACACAACACUUCUUACACAUACCAACCAGAUUUCCCAUUAGGCAACAGCCUGGGGCAAAUGCUCAGACAGGGGCUUGGUGGCAGGGCCGCCAUCAGGGGGUGACAACCAUGACUGUUGUCACGGGCCCGGCAGCUCGGGCCCCAUGUGUAACAGCGGAACUGCCACUGGGACCCACACGCUGAUAGGGUCCAUCGGGUGGCCCAAGCAUUUAGGGUCACCCGAUGGGCCCUAUAGCUUCAGGAACCCUGUCAGUGCUGCAGCCAUGUAAUAGUGCCAUAAUCUACACCAUUGGGGGCCUUGAGGGGUAGAUUUGGACCCAUUAUUAUACAGGUAUACACAACCAGUUCUACACAAUCAAUGGUAUGUAAUACAUUGCCCCAAACAGGCAAACAAGCACAGACAGUUUAGCUCACAGAUAGCCAUGUAGCCCACUUGGCCGAAAGGUGGUCACUUACAGCACUGAAAGUCAUCUAUAACCUGUGUUCACCUUUUUCCAGGGAGGCUCAGUUUACUUUUAAAAAUGUUUGUGUUAAAAGGAACACUCAAACUACAAUAACCAUCACAACAUCCUGUAGCAGUUAUGGUGCUUUGAGUUUUCCUUUAAAAGAUUUACCUGGGUACACAUUGCAAAUUAAUAGGAAAAAUAAAUAUUUUCAUUUAUCUUCCUAUGAAGUCAAGCUUUGACUUGAGGGGGAACCAUGUGCACAUUGAAGGAGCAUUGUGGUCUGCACCUCUAUCGGAUGCAGAUCACUUUAAGAGCUCCUUUGAGGUCCUGACACUUUUCAAUGGUGGAGCGCUGCAGCGAACACUCAGUCAUUGACUGAGCGCCCACACUAUAAGAGGUAAAGUGAUCUGAAUCUGUAGUGCAGACCACAAGGCGUCCCACCGACCCACCAGGAAUCCUGCCCAAAGUGUCCCGCACUGGAGCACCAGGUAUAAUAUGUGUAAAAAUUUAAAUAUUAGGGAGUGCAAAUAACCACCACACAAAGCCACUCAAACUCCCCACCAUAUACACAACACCCAGCUGCCUUCACACACACAAUGUUCUGCCACCACACUCUCAUACACAUAACAUUUAGUCUUCCUCAGAGACAAACUCAAACCUCACACACACACGAUUCAUGGACACUUCACAUAUUUGUAUAUUGUAAGGACACAUAGUUAAAGGAUUACUCCAAGCACCCUGACUACUUCAGUAAUGUGCAGGCUAGUGUAAAUUCUGUGCAUCUUUCCUUGCAUAGAAUGUCGGUUGCAGAGAGUGUCAACUGACCGCUCUCAGCCAAAGAAUGUAAACUGCCACCGCUUUCAGUUUCUGUAACUCUGCAGAAACCAGAAGUGCAUUACUGGAUCACCAAGGUGCAAACUGUUAAAUAUUGUAAUGGGAACUUACUCAUUCUUGGGUUAUGGUAUAACGCAAUGUACCCCGAUCUAGAACUGGUUAUUAAAUGCUUAUUCCAGGCACCAUAAUCACUGUAGCUUGUUUUACAAAUCUGUAUCUUGCAUUGUAAGACAAAUUUGCCCUACAUUAAUUGGUAACCAAUUUAUUAGAAGACUUCUUGGUUGGCAAACCUUCCAAAUAACGCAACAUGUCCAUGUCUUUUACAGAUAAAGAAAAGUCAGCAGGAUGUGCUGCAGUUUUUGGAAGCCAACAAGAUAGAGUUUGAAGAAGUGGAUAUUACGAUGUUAGAGGAACAGAGACAGUGGAUGUACAAAAACAUUCCAAAGGACAAGCGGCCCACUCAAGGCAAUCCUCUGCCUCCACAGAUAUUUAAUGAUGACGUCUAUUGUGGGGUGAGCAUUCAUGUAACUGAUAACUAACGUGAUUUUAUUAUCUUGUUUCACCCCGUCUGAGGCGGAACAAGGGUCAAUUGCAAAAGAUGAAAACCUGUUUUAUAUAUAAUGAAUACAUGGUUUCCAACAUUUUGAUGAUACAUAUCCAGAGACCAUUUUCAGCACAGCAAUUAUGCACUUUACAACAUUGCUGUUCGCACCCACUAUCCUCCUUCCCCCACCCUCAAAAAAGAAAACAAAACACUGCAAUGUGACAAGUUGUAUAAUUUAUGGUUGUACCAAUAUUUAAUAAGGUCUCCCAGCUGCCCAAAUCCUUACAACAGUGUAGGUCAGCUUGGAGGGUGUAAUUACAGGUUGACAUUAGUACUGUUACAAAGACCCAUGAAGAGAAUUUACAAUAAUAGUAUUUUAGAAAAGACAAUGUUACAAUUAUGUUUUUUAAAAAGCAAUAAAUUAUUAGUAUUGAAGGUGUAAUAUUUAUCAAACACAGCAGGGCAUAUUGCUGGUCAGAUUGAAUUGUAUAUCUUUGUUGUAUCCUGAUGUACAGUUGGAUUACAGUUUUAGUUCAUGAACACUCCUCACUGCACCUUUAUAAUUAACUUGUGUGAAUUUCUCUUCAUCUAAAGGCCACUCCUGUAACUUUUAAACACAACAGUAUUUCAUUCAGAUCAUAUCAUGCCAUGUCUGCGCAUUCACUUUGAAAUGGCUUUCACUUUUUAUGACCUACUAUCAAUGCGUUCUUUGCAACUCUUGGUCUGUUUAUACCUGGUAUCCAAGAGUGGUACAAAAAGUAGCUAUGGCAGCUAUUGUUUUGAUACAGUCUGGUGAGUUCUAAGUCUAUUGCCCUGACAGCCACUUAAACACCAGAAGGAAUAAGCAAUCCAAGGUCUGAAAAGCAAGAACUUGUAUAAAUAUAGUUGUUUUCUUUGUGCCAAGCUUUGCUCAAUGUGUGCACUACUGAUAAGUCCUAAUUCAUUGACAUGCAGAUUGUGAUGUUGAUUCUUGUAGCAAUAUGGGUGCACGAUAUUUAAGAAGUUACAAACUGUUGCAUCUCCUAAAUACUACUAUAAAGGUUGCAUAUUUCACAUCCAUGGUGUGAAUGAAAGUAAUUAAACUUGAUAUGUAGAAAAUAUCACUUGCUGUUCAAAAGGUUUAGGGAGGAAUGAGAUGACCAUGGUGGAUAGAUGGUGGUUUUAACCAUAUAGGGACAGGAAUACACGUUUGUGUUCCUGACCAUAUAGUGCUCCUUUAAAGAGUUAGUUUAACAUGUGACAUGUCAUGAUUCCCUUUUAUUCCAGAAGUUUGGUCUUUAAGGGGUUAAAGGAACACUGUAGUCAGGUAUAAAACCUGUAUUCCUGACACUAUAGUUUUGAAAUGCAGGGUUAGGUCCCUGCCCCCCAUCCCUCCCCCCCUCUACUGGCCAUCUGACUGCCACUAGAGAUGUAACUAGCCAAAAAUGUAAACACUGCCUUUACAGUGCUAAGGCUGCAGAGCCAUGCUAUAGAUAACACAGCCACUACAUUAAGCUGUAGUGGUUCUUGUGGCUAUAAUGUCCCUUUAAGCACGUAAGAAGUUUGCAUUACUGCAAAGGCAUGGUACUUAUUGUGGCAACAAUUUGUAAAGAAAUUGCUACUUUUAGAAGACUGCCUAAAACACUUAGUUCUGGGUUAUCGGUGUCUGUUUUGUGAUGCACAUACUAGAGAAUACUCUCUCUCUAUCUCCUCUUUGGAGAGUUAAAACAUGGGGCACAUGUUCAACAUAGACCCCACAGAGAGUUUGUAAAUGGUAGCUGUGCUGGUCAUUUCCUUCUCCAAGCUGUAACUCCUACUAAUAAAGUGUAUGCUGCCUUUUUGAUCAAUUAGUUGGAUCAUGAUCAUUACAAAAGUAAUGUUCACACAGUCUUCAAAGUCACAUUAUUGUGCAUGUGAGAUUUUAAGUGACUUGUGUGUAAAUGUGGACUGCAAAUUUACUUACCAUAGAGAGGAGUCUGGCAGAUGAUAGGUGAGAGGUAGGAGGCCAGGUCAAGAUCCGUAUUGGAGUGGACUGCAAAUGCUGUGGGGUAUAAGUCCCCAGGUAUACAAGUUUCUAUCUAUCUGUAGAUCCUUCCCCUUUUUAAAUAAGAGUAGUAUAAUCUAAUUUCUGUGCAUUUCAAGGAAGGGUUUUGGAUGUUUUCUACUGUUAUUAAAACCACAAUUUAGCACUAUUUUCCCUUAGAGAUAUUUUGACAGUUCUUAUCUUGCAAUGAAACACACACAGAACAGACUGUGCUGAUAUGCCAGAUCUAGAGACAGCUGACUCAUCCCUUUUCAUUAACCAGGAAGUCUAGCAAAUAGAGCGUGCCUUGUUUCCUGAUAUUAAUUUACUAGCUAAACUUCACACAAUACAGUCUGACAUAUCGUUAUUUUAGUGUUAUCUUUGUGCAGUCAAAGAUUACAUAUGGGCUCUCUGAGGCUAACCGUAUAUAGUUACCAAAUUAACUGAAGGUACGCAGAAUGGUUGAAUGGAAUGUGGAAAGUGUACCUCCUCCUGUGUUGCAGGAAGGGCCAUGAAGAUCACAUAUCAACUUACCCAACCUGUGCUUACAACUCUCAAUCUCUUAAUACUUGGCAUUGAGCACAGGGCCGGUGAAAGAUCCGCCCCCUCAUGUCACUCACUGACAUUAACUGACAGACACACUCACUCAGGGCCGUCUAUAAUAUGAAUAGGACCCUGGGCAAAGUAUUUUCUUGGGCCCCCUGGGCCCUGUUCCUUCCCCCUCCCCCAUUAUGCCCAACCCCCAAUCACACUGACAGACGUACUGACACAUACACACACACACACACACAGACAGACAUCUUUGCAGAUACAUACUGACACACACAUACAUUGACACACAAAUAUAUACUGGCAAACAUAUUGACCCACAUUUAGACAUACUGAUACACACACAAAGACACACAUACAUACAUACACAUACACUGACAGAAAUACUGAAACACACACAUACACAGACAGGCAUAUUGACAUACACAGACAUACUGCUAUACACAUACACACACAAACAUACUGACAUACACACACACAGACAUUUACACACACAGUAUGUCUGUGUGUGUAUGCCAGUAUGUCUGUGUGUGUGUGUAUGUCAGUAUGUGUGUAUAUGUUUGUGUGUAAUGCUUAAACUCCUUAUGGCUUUGUUACGUAAUCAUGGCAGCAUGCUUUCCAGCUGUAACAGUCUGUAUUUGACCUCACUCCGAUGUAUUGUACACAGCUAGUGAAGACCCCUUGGUGUAGUCAUCUCCACAAUCUAAAACUUUGUGUUCAUAGUGUUUCUUUAAUGAAUAAACCCCUUCAAAUUACGAGUACACCACCACCCCAGCUCUUGAUGAGCUCAAUCCAGUAUCCCACCCCAAGCUCUGCUGUGUGUGCAUGUGUGUAUGUGUAUAUAGUGUGUACACUGUUACACAGAUACGCACACUUAUAUUCAUUUUUGCAAAUUUCUAAAUUAAUAAAAUAAGCAUCUGGUUACCUUCCCUGCAGCAUAAUUGUCAUUCUUUGCCCCUAGUUCCCCCCUUCCUUUACAAGUUAAUCAUGCUACUAGUCCCCUUCCCCUUUUUUGCUAGAUAUCAAACACUUGCCAAGUCACAUACACUACUCAAAAAAAUAAAGGGAACGCAAAAAUAACACAUCCUAGAUCUGAAUGAAUUAAAUGUUCUUUACAUAGUUGAAUGUGCUGACAACAAAAUCACACAAAAAUUUAAAAAAUGGAAAUCAAUUUUUUUAAACCCAUGGAGGUCUGGAUUUGGAGUCACACUCAAAAUUAAAGUGGAAAAACACACAACAGGUUGAUCCAACUUUGAUGUCUUUAAAACAAGUCAAAAUGAGGUUCAGUAGUGUGUGUGGCAUCCACGUGCCUGUAUGACUUCCCUACAACGCCUGUGCAUGCUCCUGAUGAGGUGGCGGAUGGUCUCCUAAAACAUCUCCUCCCAGACCUGGACUAAAGCACCUGCCAACUCCUGGACAGUCUGUGGUGCAACGUGACGUUGGUGGAUGGAGCGAGACAUGAGGUCCCAGAUGUGCUCAAUUGGAUACAGGUCUGGGGAACUGGCAAGCCAGUCCAUAGCAUCAAUGCCUUCGUCUUGCAGGAACUGCUGACACACUCCAGCCACAUGAGGUCUAGCAUUGUCUUACAUUAGGAGGAACCCAGGGUCAACCGCACCAGCAUAUGGUCUCACAAGGGGUCUGAGGAUCUCAUCUAGGUACCUAAUGGCAGUCAGGCUACCUCUGGCGAGCACAUGGAGGGCUGUGCGGCCCCCCAAAGAAAUGCCAUCCCACACCAUUACUGACCCACUGCCAAACCGGUUAUGCUGGAGGAUGUUGCAGGCAGCAGAACGUUCUCCACGGCAUCUCCAGACUCUGUCACGUCUGUCACAUGUGCUCAGUGUGAACCUGCUUUCAUCUGUGAAGAGCACAGGGCGCCAGUGGCGAAUUUGCCAAUCUUGGUGUCAAAAUGUCAAACAUCCUGCACAGUGUUGGGCUGUAAGCACAACCCCCACCUGUGGACGUCGGGCCCUCAUAUCACCCUCAUGGAGUCUGUUUCUGACAAUUUGAGCAGACACAUGCACAUUUGUGGCCUGCUAGAGGUAAUUUUGCAGGGCUCUGGCAGUGCUCCUCCUGUUCCUCCUUGCACAAAGGCGGAGGUAGCGGUCCUGCUGCUGGGUUGUUGCCCUCCUACGGCCUCCUCUACGUCUCCUGAUGUACUGGCCUGUCUCCUGGUAGCGCCUCCAUGCUCUGGACACUCCUCUGACAGACACAGCAAACCUUCUUGCCACAGCUCGCAUUGAGGUGCUAUCCUGAAUGAGCUGCACUACCUGAGCCACUUGUGUGGGUUGUAGACUCCGUCUCAUGCUAUCACUAAAGUGAAAGCACCGCCUGCAUUCAAAAGUGACCAAAACAUCAGCCAGGAAGCAUAGGAACUGAGAAGUGGUCGGUGGUGCACCACCUGCAGAACCACUCCUUUAUUGGUGGUGUCUUGCUAAUUGCCUAUAAUUUCCACCUGUUGUCUAUCCCAUUUGCACAACAGCAUGUGAAAUUGAUUGUGACUCAGUGUUGCUUCCUGGACAGUUUGAUUUCACAGAAGUGUGAUUGACUUGGCGUUUCAUUGUGUUGUUUAAGUGUUCCCUUUAUUUUUUUGAGCACUGUAUAUACAAUUUCCCAUGUACCUCUUUCUAUCUCUUUUUUGUCAGUCUUCUUUCUUGUUUCUCGUUAUUUUCUAUUAUUUUCUAUCUUUUUUUUUUCCACUCUGUUCUGUUCCUUUAUCCACUACGGCCACCAUACUUAUGUGUGCUUCUGCUCAGCUCACAGUAUGCAUUUGUCAUCACAUGUCUACAGAGCACAGCACUGGGAGCUGUGCUGAAUAUGCACAUCUGUGACUAAGUAGGAGGAAGACCAGGGCAGCAUUUCGUGAUUUUAUAAUUUAUUACUGUUAGCACCAAGUCACUUGUGGCAAAAUCCUGGGUAAGACCCCACCACCACCACGUGCUAUGCUAUGUAAUAAAGCAAACAUACAGAAAGAUUUAGAUACAAGGGGCUCUAGUGUUCUGUGCUGCUUAAGAGCAAUGAACAGGUUUUUAAUUUUAGAACAGGAGUAAUUUUGAAUUAUUGGAAAGACCUGCAAGUGACUUCACAGCUUCCUAAAUACUUCCUGUAAAAAGUGGUCUAAUCUUUUAACUUCCUUUAUUGCACAGGUUCAUUAAUUUAGAAUUUCUUAUCUCCUGCAUUGCUACCAUAAUAGCUUUCUAGACCCUGCAGGAGCCUACUGUAUGUAAAGUUCAAUUUAUAGACCAGGAGAUGCAAACUCCUAAAUACAAAUAAACAUUUGAUUAAAAAUGAAACCAUGUUGUUUUUCCGCUGGCUUGUGACUAGGGCUGCAUAAUAAUUUAACUCCUAAAUGGCAGAGAAUUGAGCAGUGAGACUGCAGAGGCAAAAAUUGGCAUUUAAAUUAGUUUUUUGCAUUUUUCACACACAAACAAAUAUAAACGCUUACUUUCGUUAGCUAACUUUCAAAUUUCAAUAUAAAAAAAUAUAAAAAUUUAACAUGAUAUAUUUGACCCUGCAACUUCCCAAAACACCAUAAAACCUGUACAUAGGGGUACUGUUUUACACAGGAGACAUUGCUGAAUACAAAUAUUUGUAUUUUAUUGCAGUAAAAGCAAACCGUAUUAUGACAUUCACAGUUAGAAUGUCACGUAGAACUAAAAAAAAAAUUUAAAUUCUUAUUUUCUCCCAUUUUAAAAAAAAUAUUUUAUUCAUAUGAAAUUAUGUUUCGUACCUAAAUAUUUGAUGUUAAAUGAAAGCCCUGUUUCCCCUAAACAAAAUGAUAUAUGAUACACAUAAUAUGAAAGAGGUGAAUUACGCCUGAACAGACAUAUAGCGCAAAUUCAAGUUUUUGUUUACCUUUUGUUUUGAUCACAACAUGUACAUUUGGCUCGGUCCUUAAGGGGUUAACACAAAGAUCUUUGGAGUUCAGAAAGUUGUUUAUGCAAAAGCUCUGUUUUUAAAGCAGUAUGCACAAAAUACAUAACAGAAGAUGGUUAAACAUUUCCACGUGGGAAAGGGUUGGCCAGACUAGGGUUGCUCAGCUAUUGCAGGGAAUUAAACAAUUCACAACUGCCAAAAUGUAGUAGUCCUUUUCUCCCAUACAGUUGGCUAUCAACAUUUUUGUAAGGAUAGCUACUAUUUGCAACUGUCUGCCUGAAAAUUUGGUUAGAUCAAAUUUGCUGGCAAGCAGCUGCUAAUUCUCACUAUUCUUUUAUUUGAGUGUUAGUAUAUUUCUAUCAUGCUCUGCGAGACUUCAGCCAGGACAGCAUGAUAUCCAAUCAGUGUUCAAGGUAAACCAGAAACAAUAUUUGUAAAAUAUCAGCAUUGAUUAAUAGUGUUAUCAGUGUCUGGAUAUUGUUGUUGCAAUGUCUCUUGAUGGAACUGGAUUAUUUAUAAUCUGGCAGUAACUCCUUUGGAACAGAAUUUGUAAAUGCCUAAAAACUGUUUGCAUGCCUUGCGCACCAGGUUGGGAACCAUGAUUAGCAUAUAAUUUGAAAGCAGAUACAUUAAAUGAUGAUGUACUAGUAUACAUAUAUAAUUUUAAAUAUAAACUUGUAAGAAUCUGUCUUUCUGUACAAUAACAUCUAGUAAGAAAACGUGUGUACGUGUACAUUUGUAGGCGUUCAACUUUUUAAUCACAUUGGAUGGUUUGUGUAUAAUAUUACAACACAUCAUUUAAAAAUCGCUCUUUGAUAACUACUAGUUCCCUAUGUAUUCUGUGGAAAGAGAACUUGAGUAAAUUAUACCUUAAAUUAUUUUUUAAUUAUAGCUUAGUAUUAACUGCGGCUUGCGUCACACAACUAAAUAAGUUCUGCUACUGAUAGGCUUUCAGAGACUUAAAUUGUGUGAAUCAUACAAUGAGCAGAGAAAUCUUGGCGAAAAAUAGUUUUCAUGAGGGAGUGGAGGAGUUCUCAUCAACACAUGCCUAGUUUUCAUUUUUUUGGCUGCAGGACAGUUAAGUUCUUCAUUUGUUCAUUUAGCAAGUCUGUUUGAAAGAUUGCAAUGCAUGCCAAAAUUAUUCAAACUGGAGCUGAUCAAGGGGCUUGUCCCUAGACACCUCCUUGUCAACCGUCCCAGGUAAAGAAUUGUGCACAAGUAUUUCUAUCUACAACGGUCUCCUAUUUUACUUUCUUACACAUUGUAGUUGACUGGUAAUACAUUAAACUACAUUAUAUCCUGAAGCAGUAACAUCCAGAUAAAUAUAUAGAAGAAAUAAUAAAAAUUCAAGUAUUUGAACCAUCAAUAGGUUUUUUUUAUUUAAUUUUUUUUACAGAUAUUAUACCAGAUAUAGGAGUGUAGAUAUAUUGAGGCAGUUAAGCAGUUGGAAAUGUUCAUUUGUUCUGUAAAUGCAUGUCUGAUAGCACUGCCCUUUAUAGCAUCAAUCAUGGUUGUUUAGUGGAGGGCAAGCAUUCAGAUGUUACCUGGGUAGAACAGCAUCUUUUACUAUGUGCAACACAACUAUGAAAACACAUUUUCUUCCAAGACUGUUUCUUUAAGAAUUUAGGGGAGGGGGGGAAAGGCGGGUUAUUAUCCUCUUUCAAUCCAUAAUCCUGUGAAAUCUUUCUAAUGCUGCAUUCUUUGUUGGAGUGGGGCUCGGAUCAAAUUCACAGAUGUCUUUUGUAUAAGGAAAUUCCCAAUCCUGUGAAGUUUAAACUUGGCUGUUCAUUUUAGUGUUUUGGGCUUGAGACAUUGACCUGAAUAAUGCCCUGUUCCUGCUCAUUAUGUAUAGACAUGCUGAUUGUCAUCUAGGCUAAAAGACGGUAAUACUAGAUUAUGGAAGCUGCAGGCAGCAUGUCUAUUUUGCCGUUUGAUGCCAUAAAGAACACCUACGUUUGACUACAAAGAGGUUUAUAUAAAUUGCACAUAAAAACCUUGAAAACCUAUUCAAUGUGUAGAGAUCAAUUUUAUUCGGACUGGUUUAAAAAAACAAAAAGGUUUUACAAAGGUAUUUUAAGUAUUACAUCAGAAUUAUAAAAAAAUGUGUUUCCUGAAGCUUUUUACUCAUCAACAGUCUGUGGGGGGAAAAAAUGAAUUCAACUCCUGAUGAAGAGUUAUUUGCGUGGACCUAAUGGUGAGUUCCCUUUAUCCUGCUUGAAAUCUGGCCAUAGAUUAAAUUGCUGGGCAAAUUUCAAUGUUGGACAUGUCCCAAGGACCCAUUUUUAAAGGGUGGGACAGUACCUCACAAUGUGUGACUGUCCCAGCAAAUUUAAGACUGUUGGCACCUAUGGACUAGGCACCCACUUCAUUUCAGUGGUGCAAUGCCUCUGUUCCCUUAACCCUGAAAUGUAAAAGAUUUAGCAUUUAGCUCUCCCUAGCGAUGACAAUGGAGAGGUGGAAAAAAGCAUUAAAAAAAAGAAGAAAAAUUUUAUAGUGGGGGGUUGGGGGCGCUGGGCAGAUGGACACUAUAGUGUUUCUUUAACUUUUCUUUAUAUUUUAUUUUUUGUCUGCAAUCUGUGUUGUUUCUUAACAUGAAAAUAAAUAAUUACGCCUGUUAGGGUUACCGCAGCAACGUUCUGACACUUCAAGUACAGGAGCUUGUUGAGACCUCUACCACAUGUUCUGUCUGCACCCCAGCAAAGCUGCAGUCUGGAUAGCAAGACCAUGGGACUACCAGGGAGGUAGACCCCUGGACCACCAGGGAAUUGAGUGCUUAAAAGUAUUUCAGUGGUAAGUGUGGCAUUGUUGGGGGGGUUAGUGCGACAAAAUUGGAGGGACUAGUGUGAGUGUGUGGCUGGAAGAAGAUCGGGUGACUGUGUGUGGGAAGGCUAUGUUUUAGUGAUCAGCCUCCCCACACACAGUCACCCCCUCUUUACCCAGCCACACUUACGCUAAUCCCUCCAAUUUUGUCGCACUAACCCCUUAACAAUGCCACACUUACCCUGUCACAUGAACCCCUGCCCCAGUCCUGUCACCCUCACCCUGUUACCUUUUUUUUUUUUUAAACUUUUUUGUCCAAACAAAACUUGUUUCCAAUAAACCAUUCAGAUUGGCACGUGACAUAUGUACAUGACUGCCAUACCCCGCAAUCGAGUAUAAACGAUUAGCAUAAUUGCACAUUAAAUCUGUUAAUUUCAAAUUUAGUUUGCUAAUUAUUCCAUCACAUUCCAUCAGAGAGCUCACAACGCAGUGGCACAAGGAUCCGUGACACUGCAAGCUUCAGAAUUAUGAAUACAGACUAGCUUUCUGCAGCCAGUGCUGCAAGCUCUGCCUUCAAUAUAACUGCAACACCUAUUUAUUUAUUUAUUUAUUUUCACUAUGGGCUUUAUUGGGGGCCACAUGUUUGAGUUUCACCUAAGGCCUCACAAUGUCUAGAGCAGGGGUAGGCAACCUACGGCACUAGUGCCAUGCACGGCACUCGAGGUGCCUUUGCACGGCACUCAAGGCUGCUAGAGCCAAACAGGCUCUGGCCUAUCAGGAGUCCCAGUAUCUGCUAAUACGAAGAGGUGGUGAAGGACAAUCCUCAAUUUAUGCAUGCUCCUGUCCUUCACCUGUACCUGGCUGGCCUGUUCCCCACUGGAACCCAGGGAAGCCACCCACACUUCUAGAUGUACAAAGAAAUGUAGAAAGACCCUCCCCUCAUACAAAUAAUACGGACAGCCCACACACAAACAUACACACAAUCUGCACAAACAUACACACAAUCUGCACAAACGCAACACCACUAACAAUCCACAUACAUGCACACAACCCAACAUGCAGCCUCUCACAUGCUAUACCCCAAACAGCCCCCACACAUACACACACAACUAAAACACACAAUGUGACAUAUCCAUCCACACACACACAAUUCCACAAGCUGCCCCCAUACACAGCCCACAUUCAUAUGUAUCAUACACUAUACCACAAUCUACUCAUGAACAUAUACAAUAUAAUAGCUCAUAUACGCACAAAUACAACGAUACAAAGCAAUUACAGUAUAAAUAACACAAGCAGAAUACGGCAGCAUACACACCUCAAUUAAAAAAAAAAAAAAAAUAGGAUCGGCACGCUACAGGACAUCACAAUCCUAUAUCGGCACAGUGCUGCUAAAAGGUUGCCUACCCCUGGUCUAGAGCCACCACUGUCUGGUUUUAGCAUUUAUCCAAUGCAUAGCACCAGGUAUUGGAUGAAAUGGCAUUCAUACAUGUAUUGGCAUAUAAAACACUACUGAAUUAGUUCUCUGAAUACAUAUUUACAUUACCGUAACUGCACGUUUUUAUAUCUAUAUAUGGCUCUCUAAUAUAUGCUGUAUGAAUGUGAUGUUAACAUUGUAUUUCUUUACAUUGAUGAAAGCUCUUUGAAUAUGUAUUGUCUGUGAAAGCAGUAUUUUAUUUUCUAUUUUUGCGUCAAAAUAUAUAAUGUGCAAGUAUACUAAAAUAAGUUAUUUGUAAAGUUAGCUUUUUUUUCUUUCUUUUUUUUUAGCUUUAGUCAAACAGAUGGGUCUGAUAACAGACGGCAGAGCACAAUUUGACCUCUGGGACAGCAAGCUUUGUUUUGUUUACGUGCAAACUUCCUCUCUAGUCCAACAGAAUUUUUGAUGUGUUUUUUUUUGGUUUUUUGUUUUUUCCUUUAGGACUAUGACAGCUUUUUUGAAUCCAAGGAAAGCAAUACAGUUUUCUCAUUCUUAAAGUUGAAAACAAGGCAAACAACAAAGGUCUGUACGUGUUUUUAUACCCCACCUCCUCUAGACUGUAAGCUCAUUUGAGCAGGGUCCUCAACUACCUAUUGUUCAUGUUAAAUUUUGUCUCAUUUGGUAAAUUCCCCUCUUAUUGUAAAGCACUGUGGAAUAAGCUGGCGCUCUAUAAAUGCCAAUAAUAAUAAUAAUAAUCACAUCUUGCUUAUUCGUUCUGGAAUCUGACAGCCACAAUCUUGCUUCGAAUUACGAAGCCAUCACUAAUAUACUCUCUGGGUAAUAGGAAAAUUACAGUACUCAGUAUAAAUAAUGUAUAAAUGUACAUUGUUUGCAUAUAUUGAUGAUCUAUAUCCUUAUACUCUAAUUGGUUUUCUUCUCCGCAGGAGGCCGAACAAUAGAACAUUUCCAUAUGGCUGGCCAGAAAUAAGCACAGGACAUUGUUUUUAUUACAACCAACCAUGUUAUAUCCCCAAUCAAUAUUCUCAUUGUCACUGACCUCUUCUCUGAGACUUCAUGGAUUGUGCCACCAAUGGAUGUAUUUUUUUUUUAAAUUCUAUUAUUUGAUGCAUCAGAUGUCCAUAGAGAAUCACACACACGUCAGUCGGAGACGCUGCAAAUGGCUUUAUCCUUGGUUGCUUCUUUGUAAAACAUUUAUCUCUGUAAAGUCAGUGGAGUACAGUAUGCUCUUGUUCCUUUGACAUUUGUCUUUUUCCCUCUAAGGACUUUUAUUGUGCUUGGGUCAACUUUAAGUAACCUGAUUUCUGAAAUUAUUUUGAUAACCAUCAAUUAAGUAAGCUUAUGUUACAGAGAGAAUGCGAUCGUAUCUGCAUUGUACAACUAUGCAGUAAUAGAGAAUAAAUACAUUAUAAAAUAUAAUAAAAAAAAACAUGAUUAUGAAUGUAACUAAUACCAUGACUCAUGUUAUCAUUUCAGCUUGCUAAAUGUUUUUGAUAUUUUGUGGGGG